AAGAAAAUGAAGAAAAUGAAGAACUUUGAGAGUUUGACCACUGAUAUAACCUUUGAUGUGCUUUCAAGAUUGCCAACAAAAAGAUUGAUUGAGUUAAAGACUGUUUCUAAAGGGUGGAAACAACUUAUAACCAAUCCAUUAUUCAUUAAGGUUCAAUCCCAGAAAGAAGAACCGUUAUCAGGCUUCUUCUUCCAACAGAGAUUCCAGUGGUGUGAAAUUGACAUAAAAACUAUAAACUACAUACCUGUGAAAUUAAAAGAAGGGAUUGAACUUCAAAAUGGGUGUUUUGAUUUCCUUUCUCAAGAAGUUGUUCUCCUGACGUCUUGCAAUGGGCUAAUUUGCUGUAGAAGUUGCUUCCCUUUUGAAAACCCAUCUCUCUUUGUUUGCAAUCCCUUGAACAGAGAAUGGAUUAAGCUGGACUGGAUCAAUCCUGAUAAAGAAAACAGCAUUGCUCUUGCAUUUGAUCCUUCUAAGGAUCUUGUUGACAAUUCUGCAAACUUCAAAUUGGUUAGAGUUUCACAAAAACAGGCGGAAGAAGAAGGAUUCUACUUCUCGUUUGAUAUAUAUUCUUCAGAAACAAAAAGUUGGAAACUGUCAAAUGAGAUUUGUUGUUGCAACAACAAUUUUUACAAGAACAAAGGUGUUUUCAUUGGAGGGAUAUUACAUUGGCUAACUGAUGGUGAUCAAAUCCUCACUUUUAUGGUAGAGAAUGAGUUAGCUUGGUUAAUUUCAACACCACUUCCUUCUACAGAAUUCAAUAGUGUUCCUGAGGCUUGCAUUGGAGAAUCUGAAGGCAAACUAUACUAUAUAAUAAUUUCUGAAGAAGGAAUCCAUGUCUGGUUUCUUGAACACUAUUUUGAGUUCAACUGGUCAUUGAAGCACUCAAAAACAUUGGCAGUAAUGGAACAAGAAAAUCCUCAAUUCCUCUGCAACUUACAGGAGAGAGUCAAACAAAGGUUGACCAAUGAUUUUAGUCCAUGGAUGGAUCCUAUUGCCUUCAAAGAUGGGAUUUUGCUGUUGAGGGUAUCAAACACUGUCUACUUAUAUCACAUUGAGAGGAGCAAAAUGGAGAAAGUAAGUGAUAUUUCAAAGUUUGGUACUAAUUCCAUUAUGUCUUCUCCUAUUGUGCUUCCUUACUCUAUGAGCUUGGUUCCUUUACUAAGUAAGACAGAGUUGACUCCUUCAGGUGCCUAAACUGCAUCUAAACUUGAUCUGUUUUGUUUUUUUUCUGUUGGUGGCUGAUUGUUGACUCCUUCAGGUUCCUUUACUAAGUACAAGAAAUUUUGUUCUACUAAUUUUUUGCCCAAAUGCACAGAUUAUACUUAGUGAUUGCAGAAAGUUAAAAUCUUUUGAUUUUGUUAUUGUACCUGUAUUUACCACCUAGAAUAUGGUUGAGGUGGG